AUGUUGGCAAACAUUUUGUUUUCCUCGAGCAGUUUAUCUGAUGCUCUUUGUGACCCUAAUGUGGCUGUUGGAGUGUUUUUUUUUUUCAUUAUUUACACUAUUCUGAAAGCUUCUUACCGGCUCUGGUUUCAUCCAUUAGCCGGUUUCCCCGGGCCUAAGUUUGCAGCUGUGACAACUGGCUACGAGUUUUACUAUAGUGUCAUCAAAGAUGGCAUGUUCCUUUGGAAGCUCAUAGAGUUGCACGAACAAUAUGGCCCAGUUGUCCGCAUCACCCCAAAUGAGCUUCACUUUAGCGACCCCGAAUUCCAUAGCGAGAUUUACUCCGGUCACAAGAACCCAAAAGACAAAUAUGCGCCAUUCUACCACUUCACUGGUGCUACACAGUCUGCAUUUGAGACACACGACCACAAGCUGCAUAACUCCCGCCGCCAGCCGCUGAUGAGCGCUUUUUCCAAACGAUCAAUUGUGGCUAUCGAGCCACUGAUUUUAGAAAAAGUCAAUAUGCUCUCACAGAGAUUCGAAACAGCUUAUCUGAAUAAAACCGUUAUCAAGCUGGACUCUGCCUUCUCAGCUCUAACAGCAGAUAUCACUUCACAGUACGCAUACGGUCGGUGCUUCGGCUACCUGGAAGACAAAGAUUUCAAGAAUGACAUUCGAGAGAGCUUACUUGCGAGUCUUACUUUGUUUCACAUUGUCAGAUUCUUCCCCAUCGUUAUGAAGGGAGCAAAAGUCUUGCCGUUUCGAGUGGUUCAGUCUCUAAAUCCCAUGUUAAGUAAGGUGCUAGGCCUUCGGAAACUAAUCAACGCUAUUACAAUUGAAGAACUUCAUACAAUGAAGCAAGGAAAGACCAGCGAUGCAAUGUUAAUACAAGUACUCAAUAACCCAAGCAUCCCAGAAUCGGAGAGAAGUCUGGAGAGGCUCAAUGAUGAGGGCUUUGUUUUCAUGAAUGCAGGAACUACAACAGGAAAGACACUGGCUUUCAUUAUGUUUCAUUUACUUAAAGACAACGGAGCUUACUACAGUGUACUCCAACAGGAACUUAUAAAGACCUUUCCAGAGGGUAUGGAACGUUUAACAUGGAAAGACCUGGAAACCCUGCCAUACCUGAGGGGCGUCAUCUAUGAAGGUCUUCGCUUGUCCAUUGGACCAUUGACUAGACUCCCCCGGGUUGCCCCUACUGAACCACUUAUUUACCAGGGCCGUGCUAUCCCACCAGGUACUGGAAUAAGCGAGUGUAAUUACUUUCUUCAUAUGGACCCUGUUCUUUUCCCAAACCCUGCAAAGUACCUUCCACAGCGUUGGAUUACUGCUGAAGAGAAUGGAGAGCGUCUGCAAAAGUAUAUUGUUACGUUCGGCAAAGGAACAAGGCACUGUCUAGGCAUGAAUUUGGCAUAUGCAGAAAUGUUCAUGACAGUUGCUGUCAUAGUUAGACGAUUCUGUCUAGAACUACAUGAGACGACAGAAGCGGAUGUAGAAGUUAUUAAGGAUAGGAUUUUCGGAUACCCUCGAAAUCCAUCUCAAGGCGUCCGUGUUUUAACGACAAAGCUUACUUAG